AUGGAAUUUGCGUCUUCAUCAUCCAAACUCCCACGGAAGUACGAUGUGCUCAUCAGCUUCACUGGAGAAGACAUCCGCAGGAAAUUUGUUUCUCAUCUCGAUUCUGUCCUCUCUUCUGUUGGAUUAACUACUUUCCUUCAGCACGACAAUGCAGUGCAGCCAAAACACAUCCAAGAGCCUAUUCUGAAUCUUUGUCGGGUAGCAAUUGUUGUUUUCACCGAAACCUAUUCUCAAUCUGCUUGCUGUCUUCAUCAGCUCCAACAAAUCAUCGAAUGGCACGAAACUUAUGGCCGACAUGUUUUGCCCGUAUAUUACGAAAUUCAGCCAUCCGAUGUACGUCUUCAGAAGGGUGACUUUGGAAAAGCCUUCAUAGAAACUGCACAUCAAACAUUUUCAGCACAAGAACUGGAGCAUGGCAUGUCCAGGUGGAGUCACGCAAUCACCAAAGCUGCAAAUUUCUUUGGAUGGGAUGAUUGCAAUUACAGGAGUGAUGCUGAACUAGUGGACACAAUUGUUAAGAGCGUUCUUAAUUUACCAGUCUUGUCUGUUACAAAAUUUCCAGUUGAAUUACAAUCUCUCGCGGAAGAAGUGAUUCAAAUUAUAAAAAAUAAAUCAACGGGACUUUGUAGGAUAGGGAUAUGUGGAAUGGGAGGAUCGGGUAAAACCACCCUUGCCAAAGCCAUCUAUAGUCAAAUUCAUGGUACAUUCGUGGAAAAAAGUUUUAUUGAAGAUAUUUCAGAAGUUAGUCAGACGAGAGGGCAUGUAAAUUUACAACGACAGUUUCUUUCAGAUGUCCUGAAAACAAAGGUAGAGAUACAUAACGUUGAAAUGGGAAGAAGUAUGAUUCUGGAAAGACUUUAUCGGAAAAGGGUGCUCAUUGUACUUGACGAUGUGAAUGAACAUUGUCCAUUAGACAUAUGGGAAAGUAGGGGAUGGUUCGGUGAAGGAUCUGUAAUAAUCAUUACAACAAGAGAUGAAGACCUGCUAAGGAAACAUGAAGUUCGUUCAGUUUUUCGGAUAGAUCUAAUGAAUGAGAACCAGUCCCUUGAACUUCUUAGUUGGCACGCAUUUAGAGAAGCAAAACCAAAAACAGAAUACAUUGACCUUGCAAAAAGAGUAGUUGCUAGAUGUGGAGGACUACCUCUAGCUCUUGAAGUCAUUGGAAGUAGUUUAUUUGAAAGGACGAAAGAAGAAUGGAAGACUGUAGUGUCAAAAUUAGACAAUAUUCCCCAACAUGAAGUUCUACAAAAAUUGAAAAUAAGCUUCGACAGUUUGCAUAAUCAAAUGGAAAAAGAUUUAUUCCUUGAUGUAUGCUGUUUCUUUGUUGGCAAAGGCAAAGCUUAUGUUAGGAAGAUCCUAAAUGGCUGUGGAGUAGACGCUGAUAGUGGAAUAAGAGUUCUCAUAGAGCGUAACCUCAUAAAAGUUAAAAAGAAAAACAGACUUGGAGUGCAUCCUCUGCUACGAAAAAUGGGAAGAGAAGUUAUUCUUGAAAUUUCAAGAAAGGAACCUCGAAAUAAGAAUCAGCUGUGGCUUGAUAAGGAUAUGCAUCACGCACUAUUAGAGAAUACUCUCUUUUCAUCACAGGAGAACAAAAUCAUUCACAGAUGGCCUAUUGAAAGGGAUUUAUUUGUACGUUAUCCUCCUUUCGAGAUAAGUGUUCGAUUAACAUUGGUCAACCUUACUAGAGAUUCUGAGUUCCAUCCUAAGAAACUGAAAUGGAUCAGCAGGCAAGGGUUUCCUACAGAAUACCUACCUAGCGAACUUUAUCUGCAUGAUGCAAUAGUGAUUGAUUUAAAAUACAAUCUUCUUCGAUUCUUCUGGAAGGAACCUCAGGUUUUGGUCUCGCUAAAAGUCCUUAAUCUCAGUCACUCCAUGUACUUGACAGAAACCCCUCACUUUUCGAGACUACCAAGUCUUGAACAGCUCAUUCUCAAAGAUUGCCCAAGGUUGCGCCAAGUACAUGAAUCUAUUGGAUGCCUAUGCAAUCUUACACUUCUAAAUGUGAAGGAUUGUACAAGUCUAAACAAUCUCCCAAAAGAGAUAUAUAGGUUGAAAUCUUUAAAAACUCUCAUUCUCUCUGGCUGUUCAAAGAUAAGCCUAAUUGAAAAAGAUAUAGGGCAAAUGGAAUCCUUGAUAACUCUAAUUACUGAAAAUACAGCUGUGAAACAAGUGCCCUUUUCCAUUGUAAGCUCAAAAUGCAUUGGACGUAUAUCCUUAUAUUAUUUUGAUGGAUUGUUAUAUAAUCUUUUUCCUUCUAUCAUUCGGUGUUGGAUGUCGCAAACAAUGAAUCCCCUAUCUUAUAUUCAUUCCUUUUGCAUGGAUAAGGAGCAUAAUAGUGGGGAUGACAUUAUUCCACUAUUUAACACCCUUGCAAAUCUUCGAAGUGUUUUGGUGCAAUGUGACACCGAUUUCCACUAUCUAAGCAAGUAAGAACUACUUUGGUGGAAUAUGUUGUAAAUAUUUCAGAAUCAGGAAUUCCAAAGCAUCACUUCAGGUUAUAUUUGAUUGGCUUUGGAAGACACACAGAAUUCUUCAACACUGUGAGCCUUAGCUUAUUUCAGGUAUUGGCAAGCAGUGAGUCAAGUGAUAUUUCUCUCCCUGGCGACAAUGAUCCUUAUUGGUUGGCCCAUAUGGGUGAGGGACAUUCUGUUUCUUUCACUUUGCCUCAGGAUCGUGUCAUGAAGGGAAUGGCUUUGUGUGUUGUUUAUUUACCAACCUCCAAAAUCAUUAAACCUAAACUUACUACUGUCUUCAUUGUUAAUUACACGAAGUGCACAUUACAAAUGCACAACCAUAGCUCAGGAGUUUCCUUUAACCAUGAAGAUUGGGAUUUCAUAAUGUCAAAUUUAGGAUCUGGAGACAAGGUGGAGAUUUUUGUGACUUUUGGUCAUGGAUCACUGAUCAAGAACACAGCUGUCUAUCUUAUAUAUGGUGAAUCAAAUGACUUGGAAAUGGAGCCUUGUCCCGAGCCAAAGAAAAAUUAUUUAAAUAAAUUCAUUAAUAAAAUGUUAAUGUGUGACUUGUGUUAAGUUAAUGUUCUAUUUUGAGAACAGAAAAGGAGCUGGAGCCAAAGAAAAAUUCCUAAGGAUCUCUGGUAAUGAGACUUCUGUGAUUGAGUAAACAUAUUGCACGUCAUAGAUACCCAACCAUGGCAUAGUAAUUUCCUUUUAUGAUGAAGACUAGCAUGGCAUAAUAUCAAAUUUACACUAUGGAGACAAGGUGAAGAUUUUUAUGACUUUUGAUCAUGGAUUGUCGGUUAUAAAGACAGUCAGGUAUCUGAUGUAUGGUGAGCCAGAGAGAAAUUUUCUCAUUAAAUUCAUAAAGAAAAUUGUAAUUUGACUUGAGGUAAGUCAUUUAUCUUCGUUUGUUGACAGCAGAAUCAUUUUAGUUAAGGAAUUAAUCCUAGUAUCCUGCAUUCCUAUUUAUUUAUUUUCCAUCUUUUCCUUGCUUUUCUGUAUAGAGUAUAAAUUAUGGUUACAGAAAUCAUGUUUAUUUUACGUUGUUUCUCACUCUUCAGUGGUGCUUCCUUGGCUUUACCUGAGUUGUUUAUUGUAUUUGUUUUCUGAUGGUCACCUUUUGUCAAAUCUUUUCCCUUUAGCAAAUAAUAUUUCUUGUUCGAUAUUUUAUUAUUUGUUUUGCUUUGCCAUCUGCUAGGUAGUUUCUGUUUUUGUAAACACUGUAGCCUUAUCACUUCCUUUAAGUCUAAAUGAAACAAACUUUAAUCUCACUUCUCCUUUUACACUGUCCAUUAGAUGUAUUUGCAAACUUCUGCUGAUAAAUUUGAAGAACUGUACAAGUCUUACCAAUCUGACAAGGAGGGCCUAUAAGUUGAACUCUGAAAACUCUAGUCCUUUCUGGUUGGAUGAAGACAUAGUGCAGAUGUAUUCCUUUUUCAAUAGCAAGAUCAAAACGCAUCCGAUAUAUAUCUGUGUGUAAUUACAGGAUUAUCGCAUGAUGUUUUUCCAUCUAUCGGACGUCACAAGAAAUAAAUCCCCUAUCUGGUAUUUACCCAGGUUGGAGCAUGUCACCGUCUCUGACCACCAUAGUGUGCAGAUGGAGAGGGUUCGGUCAGACCGGUCGGACCAAAUGCAGUGGAGGGAGUUCGGUCGGAUCGACUGGCAAAGUUUGGGGAAUGAGUACAACCUAGGGCCGAACGGUGUAGGGCAGGGUAGGAGUGAGGUUGUAGGAGCAUUGAUGAGCCUUGAUGGAGAUGUAACGGAAGGUGCAGCAAAUCAAUGAAAUUAAUGGUCAGUUA